AUGGUGGAAAAGAAAGCACUAAACGUCUACAUGAAAACAAAAUCCACAGAAAUAAGAAAACUGGAUAGUAUGAAGAUGAAAAAGAUUGAAGACAUCACUCCACAACCGGAAUGGGUCGAAAACACCACAAACGUAGAUCUUCCAGAUUAUCUUGUUAGAUCGCUCAGAUUAGGUCCCAACUUUAACAUCCAAAAUAAAACAUCGAUACCGUACGUAAGGUUCAUUGCAGAUGUUGAAACUGCUAUCCAAAAGAAACCUGACGCUGACAACAUCCGCACAGAAAUCUCCACAAUAAUAUCCAAUCACAUAAAUUAUAAAAACCAGCCACGCACAAAAGAAAACGAUUGGAUUCACAAAGACAUUGUUAAAAGUCGAAAAUUCCUCAAGGAAAAUCCGGAUCUAUAUGUUACGAAAGCAGACAAAGGAAAUAAGGUCGUGUUGAUUUCUGCGCAGGAAUAUCAUCAAAAAAUGACUGAGCUAGUAAAUGAUACUGAAGUUUACAAACCAAUUAACGAAAAUCCUACGAACCGAACACUUAGGAAGCUCAAUACAAUCAUACAAUCCUGGUGGGAAAACAAACACAUCGAUACACAUACAAAAAACAAAUUAAAAGUAUUUAAUUGUCAUCCGCCAAGAAUCUAUGGUUUGCCGAAGAUUCACAAAAAUGGACGACCACUAAGGCCAGUAGUAUCUACAAUAGGAUCAGCAACAUAUCGCAUGGCACAAUAUUUGGCAGGAAUUCUAGGGCACCUGGUUGGGAAAACAGAACAUCACAUACGCAAUAGCUUCGAUUUUGCUGACGAGAUUUCGCGCUUCCGGGUACCAGACGGGACAGUAAUGUACUCCUUAGAUGUGGUGUCGCUGUAUACUAAUAUACCAACAGACAAAGUGUACGAGUAUGUGGAGGAAAAAUGGAGCGAACUACAGAGAUACACUACAAUUCCAUUUGAGAGUUUCAAGAUUGCUAUGAAAUGUGUACUAGAGGCUUCGUUUUUCCAAUACAACAACAUGUUUUUUAUGCAAAUUUACGGAUUACCAAUUGGCUCCCCCCUCUCCCCGGUGGUAGCUAACAUCGUGAUGGAGAAAUUGGAAAUAAACACACUAGCUGCACUAAAACAACAAGGCAUCGAGAUCGGGAUGUACAAGCGUUAUGUUGACGAUUGCUUGGUAGUGGGAAAGGAGGACGAGAUAGAUACGGUUCUACGGGAAUUCAACCAAUUUAGCAACACCAUAAAGUUUACUUUCGAGAAAGAAACGGAGUCGAGUCUUAGAUUCUUAGAUCUAACUCUGCGACGAAACAAGGAAAAAAUAGAAAAAAUGUGGUAUCCCAAGCAGAAGAACGGUAGAUAUCUAGAUUUUAUGUCGGAAAGCCCACACAGCCACAAAAUAAAUACAAUCACAGCCCUCCUUGAUCGUGCUUUGAAGCUUACAGACCCGGAAAAUCGAGAACAGAGCAUUCUUGUUGCGGUAAAUACAUUGCGGAAGAACAACUACCCAGAACAUCUAAUCAAACACAUACUAAAAAACAGGGUACAUUUAAUGUAUAACACGCUAAAAAGUAACUCGGACGAAGAAAAAACAACAAAAUACAUUUCGCUCCCAUAUAUUCCAUGCUUGAGCGAAAAGGUUGCUAAAGCGUUGCGCAAACAUGAUAUUACAGUUGCACAUAAACCAAACGACAAAAUGAAGGAUGUACUAUUUGCUAAACUAAAAGAUAAAAUUCCUGUUAUGCAACAAACCAAUGUCAUUUACAGUGUACCAUGUGGUGUUUGUGUGAAUAAUGUAUACAUUGGGCAAACAUCGCAAACUUUGGAAAAACGUUUGCAACAACACAUGAAUUCAAUCCGCACGAGAACAUCCAUGACCGGACUAACACAACACACGGUUGAGCAGGGCCAUGUGUUCAAAUUUUCGGACACUUCAAUUUUGGAGAGAGUGAGCAAUGAGGCUAACCGAUUAACUGCAGAGACUCUACAUAUAAAGCUGCGGGAAGGGAAUACAGUCAACUUACAACGUGAUGCGAUGAGUUUCUCCAGCGUGUACAAUGGUAUUCUAUGUAAGCUACGGACAGCGACGCUAUGCAGCAACAACGCAGGAGAGUAA